CCUAGCAAUUAUUGGCUGUUUCUUAGAAGGCACGACGAGGUCAAACUGUGGCGAUUUGAAGCAAAAUGAAAAAAUUAAUGUUGUGAAUCCUAAGGUUUGGCAACCAGAAGAGAUAAGGAAUAUGAGUCUAGGGCGAAAAGAUGGAGGCAAUGAGCCAAAGGAGGACCAAAGUCCAAGCUCUUCACAGCCAAAAGCCAAGGAUCCACCCCUAUACCAGCUCGGGUCUUCAAGGCAGGCCAAAUACCAUGGCCACCACUGCCAAGUGAAUGGAAGCAAAGAGACUCCAUCCACUAGCCGCUUCCAAGCUCCUGGCCGCCUCCCAGAUCCUGGCCGCAACAGAGAGCAUGUUGGUCUAAAUGAGACACAGGUCAAUUCAGGAGCUGAGGUUGUCAGUGAAGCACCCACAAAGACCGCCACUGAUAUCCAGGACAAUGACUCAGAUUUGGCUGCAGAGGCUGACAACACAGACGCCUCUUACUUGAACUUGUCAGACGAGGACCAAGAACGAGUCAGUCCCAGACCGGUUCUGUUUGACAACAGCGUUGAAUAUCAAUCGAAAUUCGUUUGUGGCACAAAGGAGGCUUUCCUUAAAAUUGACCUAAGUGAAAUUUCGGAAGAUGCUCUUGUUCAUACACUGCUGAUGAACGGCGAAGUGGUUCAGAAGGGCAUGAAUUGGACCCUGCUUGCCAGUAUAAUGAUCUCGCACUUAGGAGCCAAAGGAUUGCCACUCUUCGUGCGGCCUCUGUGCCAGUCUUGCAUGAGACCAGCCCUGCACAAAGUUGGCUGUGGCCACUGCAGCUUGUGUGAAGCCUGCGGAGGCCACGUUGGAGACUGCCUCCAGUGUAAGAUGAGGCCUGACAAGGACACCAAGGAGGAAAAAUUGACGAAAAACAGGACCAUCAUCUAUGAACAGAGAUUCCUGACUUCCACUCUAACUCAAGCAAAUGAUCUUUCGAAGAUGAUCAGCACUAUCUGCCAAGGUGGUUUGAACAAGGAGACCUGGCAGAAAGAAGUUGAAGAGGUGCUUGGAAAGUAUCGACUCCAAGACCUUGUUACCCUAUUUGAUUUAAAUAAUCCUUUCAAGAACAUUGUGCUGGGUUACGAAAAAUACACGCGAGAUCUCCUUAUUUGUUGUCUCUUGGCCCGCUCCGAGCACAAAUGCCAAACCUGUGUUCUUGAUGACCCCAAGAAAGAAAGAAACAACCGGUCGAUCCUCCAUGACUGCAAGCAUUGGAAAAGCUGCGCCAGUUGUAUUGUAGCCAACGAUUUGAAAUGCACAGAGCGUGAGUGCAAAGGUUUUGAAAGAACUAUCAUGAAACCAACCCACCGUCCCAUUGGCCGAUCUCGGGGCCGAAGCACGCAAGUCGUGUCUUCUGCCUCCUCAGACAACGGCAGCGUUGGUGGUCUCUUCCUUGUCGUCGAUGGAGACACCCCCAAAUGGGCCAGCGACUAGUUUUGGUCGCGUCCCUAGCGCCCCUUCAUUGCCUCCUCCGCCACGCCCCAGGAGCCCAAGCCUCGAGCCUUGAUAUCAGCUUGCGCCCCUUGUCCGUCAGGGCCUCAGAGAUGUCCGUCCUUAGGACGAGCCAAGGCAAGAAAGUCUAAAGCCAAGGAAAUCAGAGAUCAGAGCUGGGAUGUCUGAGACGGUCUUGCUGAUUCUAGAAUUGUGCCGCAUCACUGGCCUCACGCCUCACUGACCAGAUGCGCAGCAACUACAGGUUAAUGAGUGCUCUUGCAGAGCACACUAGAGUGGGACCUUCCAAGGGAGUAUGUGUCGGAGAAAAAGAUUGUCCGGAUGCUAAAUAAUUACUAAUUUAAUUAGGUGCCAUAAAAUAGGUCGUACUAGUAAUAUAAAUCAAUCACUAAUUAACUCGUGGUUGUUAGGGAGAUUAAUAAUGUAAACACACUUACAUGGUUUCGUAGUUGUGCUGUUAUUGAUUCUUUAUUCGCACACACAAAACACACAUAUGAGUAAAACGUACACUUGCCAGAGACAGAAUGAAUGCGCUCGCUCUCUUGCUCGCCCGUACCGAACUCCCUGUCUUCCUCAGCCACCAACGGUGCACCGAGCACCAUCGGUGUCCAAGGAGAGGAGGGAAGUGCCGAGUAAAGCCCCGACAGUGGGAAAGAUGAUCGAGUUUGCCAGGCUUUUGAUCGAAGAGGAUAAGAUUUUGUGGGAACUCUAACUCGUGGAAUAUGCAGAUUGAAGAUAGCCUAGAUGGUGCAGUAUGGUCCUUCCACAGGAGAACAUCAUUCGAGGACGAGAAGGCAGAGACGGGCGCUACCCUGCUGGCCCCAUUGUAGAUUGGACCAAGCAGCUGAUAAGUACCGGGAUGCGUGAAGCACCCCACUUGACCAACUGGGUGGUUAUGGUGCCCAGACACAUUGAGGGAGACCAGCAACUUUGUCAACAGACGUAGCCGGACAGAUGGGCUUCAAGAUAGAGAUUCCGAAGCGCUGGGACCUGAAUGAUGACCACCAGAGGCCACCUAUGUGGACAGGCUCGAAGAAAUGCUCUCCCAGUGCGUACCAAAGCCCAGCCUGGUGAUUUAAUUGCCAAAUCCUUCAAUCCAUUGCCUGCAAAGUGGUAAUCCAAAUCAACUGCAAGGCUGGAGGUGCGCCUUGGGCCGUUGAGAUGCCAGUGCGUGACACCAUGUUUGUCGGCUUCGAUGUUGAAGCCACAACAACAUGAACAAAUAACAUCUCCUAUGGUUGCACUGUGGCCUCUUUGAACAGCAGCCUCAGCCGCUGGUACUCAGUGGUUUCAUCCCACAAGUCUUCUGAGUAAAUGAGCAGUGAGGUGUCCGUCUCAGGAAGUACCAGGAAGUCAAUGAUGGUCAUCUGUCCAUGAGGAUCAUCAUGGGAUACGUCAUUGUGUCCAAGAGCAUCAACACCAGAUAAAUUGUUCAGCAGCCCUCACCCAGGUGCCCCUCCAACGGACCCACCUGCUGGACAGUACUGUGAUUGCAUCACCUUGCCUGAGAGGUAUAUACGACUUUUAUGCCAUGAGCCAGCAUGUGAAUGAGGGCACUGUGUCACCAACUUCCUAUCAUGUCAUCUCUGACAACACUGGACUUUGACCAUGACAAGAUGCAGCGACUGGCCUGCAAAAUGACCUACGUGACCUCCUACGUCUACUUCCUUCUGGAGUGUAAAACUACAAUAUUUUCCUUUAAAUCUAAGUAGGAAUGCUAUAUAUAUGACCUGAUUAAGAAAGAUUUGUUGUUGAAAAUCAUAACUUCCUGAUUUUAAAGAAUAUUAUCCUCAUGAUCCAUAUUAAUUAUUCUCAGAAAAUUAUCCCACAGAGUCGCCACAAACUAUCUCUGAUGGAAAGGGUGCACUGGCAUUUGCAAACCAACUCCACUGCCACCAAGCGUGAACUGUUUUACCAGUUUCUGCUGCCCAAUCAAGCCAUGCUGGACAAAGGGGUCAUCACAAUGAGCGACUUUCUCAAGGCGGCGCCUUGGGAGUUUGGAAUUUUCUCUGCCGGAAAAGGAAUUGUCGCAGGAGACCUUAAUUGAAAUCAAGUUCCAGGACGGAAGCAUCAAUUGCAAAAGAGGUGUUCUGAUUCCUGCAAACAUUUACAGCGCCAGCAAUCUCAAGUCCAAUGCAAAUUUUGUUCUCAUUGUGGAAAAAGACGCCAUUUUCCACAAAAUUCUGGAUGGAGACUUGAUGGACUAUUACGGAUCCAGCA